AUGUUGUUCAAUCGCUUGUUAUUUUGUUUCCUUGUUUCUGCGGCGCAUUCUCAACAAUAUGGUACCACAUCUGAACAGUCACAUAGCAAACCUUCGAUACCACCACAGCCGCAGGAAAGAAGUGAAACUACACCAUUACCACCGCCACCACCUUCCACAUUGAAUUCGGCAAAUUCGUCAACAGCGCCUCUUUACGGACCCAGAAUCAAUUCGACGACCGUGUACCCUUUCAAGGGAGCCACAACCUCUUUAGGCGUCGUAGCUUCUCCCACAGACUCUCCAACAUGCACAGCACCUGAAUAUAAUUUUGUAAAAUAUGACACAAAAAACAACUAUGAUGCGACUACAUGUUUACUGAAUACGGUACCCACAAAGGAUUGUAAAUAUUGGCGAAUUUCCGUCCUAUUACUGCUCAACAACAAAUGGUAUUCGAAGACAUAUCUUCAACAAGUUCAAAACUUCAUAAAUGGGGUCACACGCAACUGUGACAAGCAAAGCACCCUGCAGAUAUUCGAUCCCGGAAGAAUUACGAUCAACGAGGAUUGCCCGUCGGCACAGCAAAAAAAUUUGAUCAGUGGUAUCACAACGGAUGAAACGCUGCAGCCAAGUAGUCUCACAGCAGGAGACCAGUUGGAUAUACUGUUGGAGCAACUACACACAUGUUCUUCACAAAAACCACUUGCACCAGCGGAAGCUGGUGUAGUGUUCGUCUUCACUGACAUUCCAUGUUUGGAGCUCUGUCAGAGUGCAAAUUUACGUACAGAUGCACAAACUAUCACAAAUGCGCUCGUCUUAACUCAGGGUUUCAUCAUGAAGUACAUGUUCUUGAGCGACACAGUGACCGAAUUAGAUUGUGCUCGCAACCUGUUCCCCGCAUGUCAUAGCAUGAGCCCAGCUCUAUGCGAUGUUGGGGUGUACGGUAAUCAGACCCUAAGCGACAGUAUCUUGGCGUCAAGGACUUGUCUAGCGACAAGCAGUAAUGGGCCCACGACUGCAGAUUUUAUCAUAAUCAUUGGAGUGCCGAGUCUUUGUAUUACCAUCACCUGCUCUGUAUGUGCAAUUUUCCACUAUAAAAAGAACAAAUACAGUACCCGACGUUUUUUGAACCGAUGGCAAGCGCAGGUUCCCACUCAUCCUAAGGAAACAGUCAGUCACCAUCACCUAAAAAAUCAGCAACUGCCUGAUCCGGCUAGUAUGGUCAUGGCAAAUCACUACGCGGAUAUCAAAGCGUUGGCCAAUGCACAUAAGAAAGAUCCAUGGGAGAUCGAUCCGUCAAAUCUUUACGUCAAUGAAAACGAUAUUCUUGGCAAUGGAGCAUUUGCCGUUGUAUUGAAGGGCACACUCAAAGGAAAAAUUCCGCUAUUAGUGAUCAACUCUCGACUGAACAUGUUCAGCGAGCAUGUACAAGAGAAUGGAGCAUGUGAGGUUGCUGUCAAACGUCUACCAUCGCACGCAAACGAUCAAAAUCGCUUGGACUUCUUCCAAGAGAUCAGCUUCAUGAAAAAUCUUGGUUAUCAUGCCCAUGUAAUCAGCAUGCUGGGAUGUGUUUCUUGUCCAGUGAAUCCAAUGAUCCUUGUGGAAUAUUGCGCCUAUGGUGACCUUCUUCGAUUUCUUCGUAACCAUCGCGAACUCGUUCUUAUGGACAAAGAAGAUGUUUGUCCCACUGAUGCCGAUAUGUGUCUGAGGAUCAAAGAUCUUGUAUCAAUUGCAUGGCAAGCCAGUGAUGGAUUGACAUAUCUAGCAUCGAAGAACUUCAUUCAUCGUGACGUGGCUGCCCGCAAUGUCCUCCUAACAAGGCAAUUGAUAGCCAAGAUCAGCGAUUUUGGCCUCGGGCGCUAUGCGGAUUCAGCCCUUUAUACAGCACGAGGAGGUCGACUUCCGUUCAAAUCUAUGGCGUUGGAGGCUUUGAAAUUCUAUGAAUUUUCAGAAAAAACCGAUGUAUGGGCAUUUGGGAUCCUGCUGUACGAGAUAUUCUCACUUGGCGAUGUGCCAUACAAUACAGUACAACCAAUGGAUAUGAUCGCGCAUCUUGAAGAAGGAAAUCGUCCACCACAACCAGAAAAGUGCCCAAACGAGAUUUAUGCUCUCAUGUGCAGAUGCUGGAAGGCAGAUCCUGACAGUCGGCCAACGUUUGCAGAGAUUCGUGGUGAACUAGCCAUUCUGCUGAAUAUAGACGAUGAAAGCUAUGGAUAUCUCAGCUUGGAUUCAAGACAACUGCGGAACAUGUUUAAUAGACAGGUCACAGAAGUGCAUUCUACACGUUCUCGCGCAAAAAGUGACACAAGCAUGGGACCCCAAGAAGGAUCAGAAAUGCGUUCUGGUGUUGAGGAAGGCAAGCACAUCGAAGUCACUUCCUCAAACAAAGAACACCAUUCCGAUGUCACAACCACUACUUUCAACAAUGACGCAAUAUUACCACCAAAAAUACCACCGAGAAAGCGAUCGACCUCUACUACUGAUGCUAACAAGGGGCUCACCGGAACCUCUAAUCAAGAUGCUUCGGAUACCCCAGUAACAGCGCAAGCUAGGCACUCCUCACCAGACAUCACAAAUUCACACCCACAUCUAGACGAAGAGCCUACAAAUAAGCCGAAAUCAAAGCCAUUUGAGGAAGAUUUCAGUGUUUUCGCAAGAAACAUACUCAACUCACGAAUACCCGAGGAGGAACGAGAAAUCUUUUUAACAUCACUUGAAGGUUCUCUUGAAGAAUGGAUUCAGCAAAAGUUAACCCGAGAUUGUCCUUGA